AUGUCUCGGCUUUUAUUCUCAUUGGUCGCGGUCCUCUGCUUAUGCACGCGCUGGGCGGUCGCUACUUUAACCUCGGGUGAAAUUGCCAACUCUCUCAAUGAAUUAGCACAGCAAGGAUUCGCCGCCAAGAAUCUUGUGUUGGCAAUCAAUUCUACUGCGGACCCUGGUCCAAUCUCGGAUAUCUAUACCCAGAUAGACACAAUGGUCGCUGUGGUUCUAACAGAUGUAAAAUUUAUGACGAACACGCCGAUCAUUACCGACCAGGCAGAGGAGCAGGAUGUCUAUGAAGGAUACUCAAAUUUCGUGCAAUCUCUUUUCGAGCUCAUGGACGCCUUAUCGAGCAGUGCAGCCCAGCUGAAAUCCAUCAACCAAACAACCAAGACCAAGAUUCCCUCUGAAAUUCGUAUCUUGCAAAGUGCCGUCGACAUCGGCGAUGAGAUGCUGAUACCUCGCAAGGCCUACUUCUAUAAUAUCAUCGGUCUCUUCCCAGCCAACAGCUCGUAUAACGCCCAGGCCAAUAACCAGAAAGCCCAGGUAGAUAUGCAUUGCUUCCAGGCUGUCUGGGCAUUUGAUCUCAGUUAUGGUAAUAGUAAUCAGGCGAUUUUUCAAAAGCGCAGUGAUAACUCCCUUCACUCUCGAAGGAUGAAGCGCGGUUCCUUAUGA